AUGCCUACCUCACACCUCCUCUCGCUGCUUCUGGCCGUCACCAUCGCUGCCACCGUCGACAUCCAUGCGCAGGGCAUCCCCUUCCCCACGCCGGCAUCCACGAACCUCUCCACCAGCUGGACCAUCAGCCUCAAGGCAGACGGCCACGGCGCACAGUCCUUCGACUACAUGGACAGCACGUCCGUGAGCGUCUUCCUCCUCCAGUCCAUCCAAUCGCCGCCGCAGGAAGGCCUCUGCUUCGCCGCGUGCUUCUACUGCGUCGCCCCGUGCGAGGCCUUCCUCUUUGGCGUCUGCAUCGUCUACGUCGACGGCGGCGGCUUCCUCAGCUGGCCGAACGCGGGCAGCCCGCAGGUGGUCUGGUCUGCAAACCGGGACCGCCUCGUCCGUGAGAACGCCACCCUCAGCUUCACGGCCGGCGGCGACCUACAGCUCCGGAACACCACCGGAGGCCUCGUCUGGUCCACCGGCACCUCGGGCCAGUCUGUUGCCGGGAUGACCGUGACCAAGUCCGGCAACCUGGUGCUGUUCAACCGCAAGAAUGCAGCGGUGUGGCAGUCAUUCGACCAUCCGACGGAUUGUCUGCUCCCAGGCCAGCCACUAGUGGAAGGGAUGAGGUUGACACCAAAUGCAUCCAGCACAAACUGGACGACCAGCAAUCAGCUUUAUCUCACUGUCCUUUCUGAUGGUUUGUAUGCAUUUGCUGAAUCUUCGCCGCCUCAAUUGUACUACCAAAAGACGGCGACCACCAAAACUGGAAGCAGGAAUAAAACUUACAUGAUCCUGACAAAUGAUUCGCUGGCCAUCUUUGCGUCCGUUUCCUCUGCUAAUGUAUCAACUCUACAGCCAGACAGCAUGAUCAACACGACGGCUGGAGAGAUGGAGUAUGUGAGGCUCGAAUCUGACGGACACUUGAAGCUGUACCGGUAUAAAGGAAUAGAAGGAUGGCCGAUGGUGCAGGACAUUCUUGCGGGGCAGGUAGACAGUUGUGCUUACCCAACUGUCUGUGGUGCAUACGGCAUCUGCAUCAGUGGCCAGUGCACAUGCCCAGCUGAGACUGACGGCACCGCUACAUACUUCAAGCAGAUUGAUGACCGCAGGAUCAACCUCGGAUGUGUGCCCAUGACUCCGAUUUCUUGUGCCUCGCUGCAAGACCACCGGCUCCUUGCACUGAGUAAUGUUUCUUACUUCAAUUAUAUAGAUACAAGGUCCGCACUAGCACUGCCUCAGAUGACUGACGAAGAAAGUUGCAAGAAGGCCUGCUUGCAGAAUUGCUCCUGCAAGGCUGCAUUCUUUCAGUAUGGUGGUAACGACACCUCUCAAGGCUCCUGUUACCUGCCAACACAAGUCUUUUCGUUGCAAGUAAAUCAGUGGCAAGAAACUCACUAUAGUUCUUCUGCAUACCUUAAGGUGCAGGUCACAAGGUCUCCUCCUCCUAUUCCUGGUCCCUCGAAUCCGAAUGGAACAGUGAGUAGGUCCACACCCACAAGAAAGGGAAGGAUUGGUGCAGGUGCGAUUGUUGGAUCCACACUUGCAGGGGUCAUUUCUUUACUAGCUGUGAUCAUCAUUACCUUGGUGGUUCUCCGCAGGCGAUGUCAGAGUAGAGAUGAUGAGGAUGAUUUUCGAGAAGUGCCAGGUAUGACUACUAGGUUCACAUUUGAGCAGUUGAAAGUAGCAACCGAGCAAUUCAGCAAAAUGAUUGGGAAAGGAGGAUUUGGAUCUGUAUAUGAGGGGCAGGUAGGCGAGCAGAGAGUUGCAGUAAAACAGCUGGAUCAAGCUGGUCAAGGAAGGAGGGAAUUCUUGGCAGAAGUUGAGACAAUUGGAAACAUUCAUCAUAUAAAUCUGGUGACCUUGAUUGGCUUUUGUGCAGAGAAAUCUCAUAGACUCCUAGUAUAUGAAUAUAUGCCCCAAGGAUCAUUGGACAGAUGGAUCUAUUCCCAAGAUGCAAGUAUGUCUCUUGAUUGGCAUGCACGAUGCAGGAUUAUCACCGAUAUCGCCAAGGGCCUAGCUUAUCUUCAUGAAGAGUGCAGGCAGCGAAUUGCUCAUUUGGAUAUCAAACCACAAAAUAUCCUCUUAGAUGACAACUUCAGCGCAAAGCUUUCUGAUUUCGGGCUAUCUAAGAUGAUUGACAGGGAUAAGAGCCAAGUGAUUACGAGAAUGAGAGGCACUCCUGGAUACUUAGCUCCUGAGUGGUUGACAUCACAAAUCACUGAGAAAGUUGACAUAUACAGCUUUGGGGUAGUAGUCAUGGAAAUUAUCAGUGGGAGAAAAAAUCUUGAUUAUUCUCAGCCUCAAGAAAGUGUUCAUCUCAUUAGCAUAUUGCAGGAAAAGGCAAGGAACGAUCAGUUGGAAGAUCUGAUUGAUAUGCAAAGUGACGAAAUGCAAAUUCACAAGGAAGAAGUGCUUCAGAUAAUGAAGCUCGCCAUGUGGUGUUUGCAGAUUGAUUACAACAAGAGGCCUCAAAUGUCAGUUGUUGUCAAAGUACUGGAAGGUACAGUGAAUGUGGAAACUAAUAUAGAAUUCAACUUCGUAGCUAUGGUUCCAAACAACCUUGCCAAUGAUAGGAAAUCGGCUUCAUCAGCUCCGCUUCCGGCCUCACAUUUGUCAGGUCCCAGGUGA